GCUUCUUGGUCUGGCAUGCGCAUGACUUGUCAAGAGCUGGGCGGUGACCUCCUCAAGCUGAACAGCGGCGACCUCUUCGCUGACAUUGUCCGCCACAUCCACGGCAACGAUAUGAUUGUGCGACUUCAACAAAAAACGUCAGACUCAGCAUGGUUUUAUUCCCAUUGGACCACUCUAACUGGAGGGUGUGGAUGUAACCUUCAGAGUGGGAAAUUGGUCAGAUGUCGUCACAGUCUUAGUUCCAUAAAAGAUCGUGCAGUAGGGAGAAGGCAGGAAGAUUCUCUGAGAUUCAGAGACGCUGUCUCCCACCACACAACACAACCAGUCACCAUGGACCACUGUUGGCUCCUGUUGUUCCUCUUGGGAACAUCAACCACGACUGACACCCAGCAAGAGGAAGUCCCGGGACGUACAGGCGUAUCAACAACAGUGUGUCCGGAUCCGUUCAAGGACGUCGGUGGCCGGUGUCUCUAUUUUGAAAACGUGAACAAAGCUUCAUGGCAAGGCAUGCGCACCAUCUGCCAGGGUCAUGGCGGUGACCUGGUCAAGCUGAACACCCCCGACCUGUUCGGUGAUAUCAUCAGUUACAUUCAUGGCAACGGCUGGUCUGAUACUAAUUAUUGGAUCGGUGGUACUGACGAAGGCCACGAAGGAGUGUGGACCUGGACCGAUGGGUCGUCUGUCCGGAUGGGAACACCAUUCUGGGCCAACACUGGAUGUGACAAUGUCCAACAGCCAGUUGGAGGAGACGUUCAGAACUGUAUUGUUUUGGAUGCAGCCAUUCACAUGUAUUUCAAUGAUUUACCGUGUAAUAGCACUUAUCAUGGUAUUUGUGAAGGCUGAUGAUAUAUUUGAUAUCUCUAACAGUUUUGAAAACUCGAUCAUAAUUUGAGAAUGUUAACCAGACCACACACUAGAAAGUGAAGGGACAAAGACGUUUCGGUCCGUCCUGGACCAUUCUCAAGUCGAUUGUGAGAAUGGUCCAGGACGGACCAAAACGUCGUCGUCCCUUCACUUUCUAGUGUGUGGUUUGGGCAACAUAUCUCAGCAACGUUAUUGUGACUCCUCGUCUGCAAUUUGAGAAUAUUAGGAAUCCAUAAACGUGACUGUGACAUCAGUUGAAGGAAUUUCUAAAGAAAUGUACACUAUUAAUUAGUGCUCUAUUAAAUUCAUUUAUUUAA